AUGAUCUUGACACCAUCGAUCAGGCGAGUGGUCGCCAACGUCCGCCAGGUCGGACUCGCCCGUCAGUCUCUCCCGAUCCCUUCAGGACACGAUCUCACCGGCACAGGAACUGAUUCCAUGCACCUCUCGUCUCAUUCUGGGCUCUUCAGAGGCAUGGAGGGACCUGCAGUACAUUGGUGACCUCAAAGCGGGUCAAUUCGUAGGCCAAGACGAGUCAGUCGCCGCUCACCUGACCUUUGCGAUCCAAUGUCUCCUCGUCGGACUAACGCCUCAACUCGACACGACAUGUUCCACGCGCAGACACGGCAACAAGUUUUACGAAAACCAGGACGAGACACUGUGGAGGCAUCGCUGGGUCGACUUUGCCUCGGUAAGUGACUGGAGAGACCGGACCAGGGAUCCAGCCAUCGAGGCCUCAACCCGUCUCGGAUCCUCGAAGAAGGUCUGUCAAACUCAUCAGCCUUCAUUCCUCGUCACCUCUUAGCACGACUUUAACGCGUCGCAAAUCACGCCCGAAUGGCACUCGUGGAUCUCGCACAUCCGACACCUGCCCCCGCCACAGGAUCCGGUCGUGCAAGCGAGCAAACAACCGUGGCAGAGCGUAAGCAUGCAGUCAUGCCACUCCGGAUCGAGAUUCUAAUAUCCUCUCGUACUCUCUCUGGACAGCCCCAUUGGGAGAACUUGACCGGCACGCGAGGCGCGUUCAAGACGUAUUCGACGACCAAGCCCAAGGUCGACGCUUGGGAGCCGACCAUCGCCAAGCGAUCCUGA